AUGGUACGGAAUAGAACAUCACCUAUCUGGAACUUAGAGUCCAAGAUGCUGUAUGGUAAGAUUCUCAUAAUAUCAAUGCUUCUCAUUUCUCGUGCUGUACUGAUGUCGAUUGGAAUGGCAAACAACUGCCUUGAAGAUAUUAACAAAAGAGGAUUAGAAGACAUCAACGUUCUUCAGAUAUCUACACCAUUUGGUGAUAUCUUAACAACAGAAACAGAUGAUGAUGCUUUGGAUUAUGUGGAGGCAAUGUAUUUGAAUGGUUUGUCAUUAGAUGGAGUAAAAAUUCAAGCUAACAACACAGGAUAUAUCAUUGAAGAUAUAACAGUCGCAGCUGACCCUUCCAGUGAUACCACUGAUUUGAGUGGAUUGUACAAAAGAUGGUCUUGUUCCAGUGCACCCUUGGGAACAUAUUUCACUCAGAGACAAACAGUAAAUAAAGGGUAUUACUUGUCUAAUUUGACUCAAGCUUCCGGUUGCCUUUAUAGCCUGUCUGUUGCAAUUGGGGGGUCAGUACUGUGGGAUACGGAAGUCACUCAAUCCAUUGAUAAAGGGUUUGAUGGUAAAACAGCGCACCAGAAUGCAAAGACGAGUUACGGUUAUACCUUGAAAAAGAAAGUCUCGCUUCACGGGAAAUAUGAAUGUAAUGUCCCUGAAUAUGAAAAAGGAGCACUAUUUGCACAGUCUACUAUGUAUUGGGCAGAUCAGAAGAAGCAGAAGUGUGUAAGGCGGUACUAUGGUAAACAUGGGUGCAAAUGUGGAGAUUGGUCUCCUAAAAUACACGGGGUUGUGCCAGUUAGUAACGUGCUGCCUAAAAUACAGUGUGUAAUUGGAAGCGAUUCUGGCUGCAGUUGA